UUCCUCAGAAUUAACAAACAUUUCUUACCAUAGACUUAUAUAGGCAUCUGUCGGGACCGCGCGAGUAGUCCGAAUUAACGGGGGUCGAAUUAUCGAGGUUUUACUGUACAGAAUUAUGCAAUAUAUUCGAUACAAAUACAGCAAGAAAUUCGAAGUUUUUCGUAACUGUCAGACCACUCGUGACUUACUAGACACAAUCGUUCAUUAGCAAGGUGGAGGUAGAACUAGAUAAAAGUGUGCAAUGCUCAGUACAGCUUACAGAACAAAAAGUAUGUCACACCACGCAUAAUCAAUAAGCAUCAAUGUACAGGUUGCACAGUUUUGGCAUGUGUGGAUAAUUAGGGUCUUGCAGAAAAAAAUGUCAAAAUGCGAGUCUGUUUGCUACAGUUCUUUCCACAGGCUCUCAAGUUGAGGAAAGAGUCCCGACAAGGUGUCACUGUCAAUGAUCUUCUCAGGAAGGUUAUUCCAGUGUCUAAUUCAUCAUUCAUUCUUCACAUUACGUGAAGAAUGAAUGAUUCAGGCAAUUGGUUGUGGAGAGAUACUGAAUGAAAUUCUAGUUGUGCUAAAUGCAUGCAAACAAGUUGCACUCUAUAUCCUUGCGCCAGAAAACUCCAAACAAGUUGCACGCCUCAAAACGACGUUUUUUGCAAUUUUCCACUGUAGUAGUGAAUGUAUUUUGCAAUAGAAUGGGGUAAAUCCUAAAUGCGCUUCCUGUUUCUAUAGAAAUGUAAGGCUGACUUCGCAACUUUAUGAGUACAGUUGAGAAAAUUUAAUUUCUUGCAACUUAAAUUUGAUAAUAGUGGUCAGAAGUAAUGGCAAAAUCUUCCCAGAGAUAAAUAAAGUUAACAGUGUCCAGACAAGUAAUUUUUUACUACAAUUUUUUAUCACGUUUGGUGCAACACCCUGUAUAUAACUUAUAUUCUGUCACCCGCUUCUCUCUUUUGCGUCAUUUCAGAGACAGAGUGUGGCAACAGUUUACUUCUCAAUUAGAGAAGAGCCAAGAGAUACCUGUGUGUGAGCCACCAAUUCCCAGCCAUAUGGAUUCACAGCUUCAACAAAUGCAGCAGUCCCCAGAGUUCAGUGGUCAGCUCUCAAGAGUCGAAUUGGAACCUCACGAUGCUGCAUGCCUACAUGAACAGGACCAGAUACAGCAACAGUACUGCAGCGAGUCUCCAUCAAGCGACAAUAGUCGCGAGGCAACACCUGGGAUGUGUCACAUUAAAGAGGAACCUCUAGCGGACUCUUCAAAUGAAUAUCCGAUCGUAGAAGUGAAAACGGAGCCAUACCACACUGCAAUUUUGGCAGAACAAGACCAAAUGAGACACAGACAUGACCCGACGUCAGAAGGCACGUCGCACCGUCCGAUCAUGGCUUCCUUCGUGCGGACACAAAAAGGCGGGAUAGCACUUCACUGUGAAGGCUACAAAUACAUUAAGCAGCGCAGGAACACCACCUAUACCACUUGGCGCUGCUGCAGGUACAAGGAAGGUGGCUGCCAGGCCACAGCACACACCAGAGAUACACCGGACAGUAUCACUGUGUCAGGCGAGCACAACCACUUCCCUGAUAAGGCACCUGUUAUGGAGGAUACCCUACGUGAACGCCUUCGGCAGAGGGCGCGCAACCAGCCUCAUAUUCCUGCUCCCGAGCUCUACACGCAGGAGAUCGUUGCCCUGGAUCAACAAGGGGUAGAUGCCGACGUGUUGGAAGCUCUGCCAUCCUUCGACACCAUGAAGGGAAUUAUGUAUAGGCAGCGGCGUCUUAACCACCGGUCGGCUCCUCGAACUGCAGCAGGAAUAGUGCUCACUGAGCACUAUGAAAGAACUGUGCAUGGCAAAAGGUUCGUCCUUUACAAGGAAAUGCUGAAUGGGGAGGUUGCCAUGUGCUUUGCAACGCAAAAGCAUAUAAAGUUGCUGUCACGUGCACAAGAAGUGUUUGUGGAGUGCACGUCCUUUGCGUGCCCAGCCCUCUUCACACAAGUGGUGACUUUCAGCAUUCAGGUGUCCAGCGCCCACGUGAUCGUGGCAUACUUCUUUCUAAAGGGCAGGUCAUACCAAACCUACCAAACUGCUUUUGCACUGUUUGUAGAGAUGGCACAGCAGAUGGGGUAUGAGUUCUCUUCACUUGUAUAUGUGCGCAGUGACUUUGAACAGGCGCUGAUACAGGCUCUUGAAGCUGUCUUCCAUCCUGCCCAACACCGUGGAUGCCAUUUCCACUUUGGGCAGUGUAUCUGGCGUCAGGUGCAGCAUCUGGGGCUCACGCAGCUUUACAGAGAGGACCGCCACUUCUGCUCCUUUAUUCGCAAUUGUGUGAGCCUCGCCUUCCUGCCAGCUGAACCUGAUGAAGGGGAAGUUCGAACAGCGUGGCAAAUGCUGAAAGAGAAGGUGCCACAGGUGGACUCGGUGCAACAGUUCUUAGUGUAUUUCGAGCAGACAUGGAUGGGCGGCACCUACCCCAUUCGUAGCUGGAACCAGUACGGAAACAGGGGGCCACGCACAAAUAACUUCCUUGACUCCUGCCACAGAAAAAUCAAGAAGGUACUCGGGAAGGCACACACGAACAUCUACACGUGCCUAGAAGCCCUCAAGAGGGAAGAAGCAAGACAGACAACGUCUCUUCGACAGGUGCUGGCAGGAUCCCAGAGGAGACAGCGGUUACGAAAAUGGCAACUUAAAGACCGUGCCAUCGCCGACCUGGAACGCCAGUAUGCGGAGAACGAGAUCCCAAUGACUCUCUUCCUGAAGGAGGCACAAAAGUUUUGUGGAAUCUGAAGGAAUCUCCUGGAACCUGACUGUACUUCCAAUUUCUCGUAACUGCACGUCGACAUUAAUGAGUAGAAGAAAGAGCUCUUUAAGAGUUGAACAUCCGUACAGCUAGCAGUAUUAUUGUGGUAUAGAAUAGUAGAGUUUUCAACAGUUGUUUCAGAAAUCUUUUUUCUAUCUCUCUUUCCGCUUCUGCUCAUAUACAUUUAUAUGUAUAUACAGGGUGUCCCAGAAAAUGUCUCAUUGAAUUACAAUAAAAAAAAACUAUACCAUCUGGAGUGAUGCGGUCAAUUGCAUUUGUUCUUAGGGGUUUUUUGCCACCUCCUGAUGUGAAUGUCGUGUAACGUAAGUUUAUGUAAAUCUUUGCGAAUCGAACUCAGAAAUUUGCCAAGUAAAGGUCACUUUUUUAC